AUUAUUAUUCUAAUAUUUAAUUCAAAAAUAUCAAAAGCUGUCGAGCUGAUUGAGACACGCUGCUCUCAAACCCCGCAUUUUGUAUGAUGCCACCGUUGACCAAGAUCGAGGUGCUCGCGAAGCGAGUGAUGGAAGGUGCGCAAUUGAAAACGCAUAAAUACUUCCGGAUCGCCGUGCCUCAUGCCAUCACCGGUCAGCAAUUGAUAGCUCUCGUUCUUGAGCGAGGUGCUCCUGACGAUGAGGCUGAAGCGAGUCAUCUGGCAAGUUUGUUACUUCACCACGGUUACAUGUUUCCAGUUAUCGAACAUGGCCAACCUUUCAAAGACGAUGGAACGUUAUACAGGCUUCAAAGGCCGUAUUUUUGGCCUUCACAGGCUGAACUGGUUCCGGAUGUUGAAUAUGCCAUUUACCUCAACAAGCGAUUGCUCCGAAAUGAGCAAAAACACGGGUUAGAAGAAGAUGAAGUUGAGUCAUUCAACAGACUUGCCGAUGUUCUCGCACACAUGUGGGCUUUCAUCGUUCAACAGUCUGAGCUUCAAUUGAAGCAGCAAAAAGAAAAAAAGAAAGUGGACAAGGUAGUGUUCGAUUCAGAAGAACGAGCGUUUUGGAAGAUACGAAAACCAAGUCGUGGUGGACCAAAUUUCCUAGAGGACCCUUAUAUGAAAAUAGAAAAGAAAAUACGACGGCAGAAUGCACAAGGUUAUAGAUGUCUUAUGGAUCGAUUACGAUUUGCAAUCAAGACAAAGCCAUGGCUAAAAGCAUUAAAAGCAUCGGAUACAAUGGUGACGUGGGUUGACCAAAGAGCUGAAUUCGAUCCAUUCCUUCACCCUCCACAACCAUCCAAUCCAUGGAUCAGUGAUGAAGCUUCAUUUUGGAAUCAGCCUACUGACACGUCAAGUGCCGAGAUCCCUACCGAGAAACGGGUAAAACGAUGGGGACUUUCUGUUCAAGAGCUUGUGAAAGAUCCUAUAGGACGGCAAGUGCUCGAAACAUUUUUAGAAUCCGAAUUUUCGUCGGAAAAUAUACGGUUCUGGAUAGCGAUACAAGAUUUGAAAUAUGCACCGAAUGAGCAGAUAUACCAGAAAGCUGAAAGAAUACGAGAAGAAUUUUUGGCUCAAGGAGCACCUGCACAAGUAAAUGUAGACAAUAGAACCCUCGAUCAGACAUUGGAGUGUAUUUCGAAAGCGAAAGAUGCUUCACAAAUGAGAUUCGCAUUCUAUCAUUCUGAAGAGCACGUGUUCACAUUGAUGGCAAAGGAUUCAUAUCCACGUUUCGUCCGAUCCCAAAUCUACAAAGCAGUAUUGACAGCAGCGCAACAGCACGGAACAAAGCGACUCGGGUGGCGCAACUUCGUAUUCAACAUGGGUACAACUAAAAAACCAGCAACGAGUAAACCAGCAAAGCCGCAAGAUUCCAUCGGGACUGGUCAAGUUCUCCCAAAACAGCUAUCGUCCGACUCGCUGCCAGUUCGACAGGCUCAUGGGGUCAAACCGGAUCCCGAAUGACGUCAUUCUCUUCUCACAUCUCGUUUCUCUUUUCUGCGUGUACGUACGUGUCUGCGUCUCUCUGUAUAUUCUUUUUCACUUUUCCCUCUUCUUUCUCAAAAAAAAAACCAAAUCAAAUAACGACCAUCAAAAAGGGAAAUCAGUAUCCUCUGCAUCGGUUUUACACGCAAAUUUAAAUAUUUCGAAGCGAACCAUUUGAUAUGUGUAUUAUCAAUGAACUUCUUCUCAAAAUUAACAAUCUCGAACCACCCAACACUGCAUAUUUUGACCUUAUUUUCUCUUCCAAAUCGAUCGAUAAUACAUGUAAUUCCACAGUCUCUUCAGACUCUUCUAGUCCAUCAUAAUCCACAUCUCCUGCCAGCUUCUUCUUCAUUUUCACGAUAUACUAAUUUGUAAUCCUAUUUUCUCACAAAAACGUGUACAAAGUGUUAUAUUUCUUUCUAUUACCCAUAUUAUUUUAAUCUUUUCAGAAAAUCAAUUUUUGUUUCCCUCAUUCAUUUCACACAGAGUUCUCCUGCUUUUUUGGCACACUUCUCGUUUUUUUUUCAAAAUUUUAAAAGUAUCUGUAAGGUACCGCUAGCGUAUUUAGGUGUUUCAACCUAACUUUUUUCAAUUAUAUCUACUCAAAAAUAAUUUGAUUUGAAAAUGGUAAUUCGCACCAAAAAUGACGAUAUCAUAACGUCUCAGUUCUUUUUUUUUCCAAAAAUCAUAUAUAAAUUUCAUUUUCUCUUACCCUCUACCUGGUGUGAUUGUCUCAAAAAAAUCAACUUUCAGAACCGGAGUUGUUACAUAAUAUAUUAUUAAUGUGUCAGUAUAUCAUUAUUUUCAGCUUUUUGUAGGCGUUGAUGUUCAAUAAAAUUAUUUAUU